GGCGUGUUGCUGCGUCAUCACCAGUGGCCGGUUUGAAUGAGGCUCUUGUCGCACUGAGUCUGCCGCCACUACCGCGCCUCCGCCUCGGCCGCCGCCACCACUUCUUUGCGGCCCUUUCCUUUCGCCGCUCUUGCCAGGCCCAGCCUUCCUGCGCCACCGCCGCCUCCUAGCGCGCCCUGCCAUGCCGCUCUACUCCGUUACUGUGAAAUGGGGAAAGGAGAAAUUUGAAGGUGUAGAACUGAAUACUGAUGAACCUCCGAUGGUGUUCAAGGCUCAGCUUUUUGCACUGACUGGAGUCCAGCCGGCCAGACAGAAGGUUAUGGUGAAAGGAGGAACAUUGAAGGAUGAUGAUUGGGGAAACAUCAAAAUAAAAAAUGGAAUGACUUUACUAAUGAUGGGGUCAGCAGAUGCUCUUCCUGAGGAACCCUCAGCUAAAACUGUCUUCGUAGAAGACAUGACAGAAGAACAGUUAGCAUCUGCUAUGGAAUUACCAUGUGGAUUGACAAACCUUGGUAACACUUGUUACAUGAAUGCUACAGUUCAGUGUAUUCGUUCUGUACCUGAACUCAAAGAUGCCCUUAAAAGGUAUGCAGGUGCCUUGAGAGCUUCAGGGGAAAUGGCUUCAGCACAGUAUAUUACUGCAGCCCUUAGAGAUUUGUUUGAUUCCAUGGAUAAAACUUCUUCUAGUAUUCCACCUAUUAUUCUACUGCAGUUUUUGCACAUGGCUUUUCCACAGUUUGCAGAGAAGGGCGAACAAGGACAAUAUCUUCAACAGGAUGCUAAUGAAUGUUGGAUACAAAUGAUGCGAGUAUUGCAACAGAAAUUGGAAGCUAUAGAGGAUGAUACUGUUAAAGAGACAGAUUCUUCAUCUGUACCAGCAGUGACACCUUCUAAAAAGAAAAGUUUAAUUGAUCAGUUCUUCGGAGUUGAAUUUGAAACUACCAUGAAAUGUACAGAAUCUGAAGAAGAAGAAGUCAGUAAAGGAAAGGAAAGUCAGCUUCAGCUUAGCUGUUUUAUCAAUCAAGAAGUCAAGUAUCUUUUUACAGGACUUAAGUUGCGACUUCAGGAAGAAAUCACCAAACAGUCUCCAACAUUGCAAAGAAAUGCUUUGUACAUCAAAUCUUCCAAGAUCAGCCGGUUGCCUGCUUACUUGACUAUUCAGAUGGUUCGAUUUUUUUAUAAAGAGAAGGAAUCUGUGAAUGCCAAAGUUCUUAAGGAUGUUAAAUUUCCUCUUAUGUUGGAUGUGUACGAACUGUGUACACCGGAACUUCAAGAGAAAAUGAUUUCUUUUCGAUCAAAAUUCAAGGAUCUGGAAGAUAAAAAAGUAAAUCAUCAGCCAAAGACAAGUGACAAAAAGAGUAGUCCCCCAAAAGAAGUUAAGUAUGAACCCUUUUCUUUUGCUGAUGACAUUGGCUCCAAUAAUUGUGGAUACUAUGACUUACAAGCAGUGCUAACACAUCAGGGAAGAUCUAGCUCUUCAGGUCAUUAUGUAUCAUGGGUGAAAAGGAAACAAGAUGAAUGGAUUAAGUUUGAUGAUGAUAAGGUCAGCAUCGUGACACCAGAGGAUAUCUUGAGGCUUUCUGGUGGUGGAGACUGGCAUAUAGCUUAUGUUCUACUCUAUGGGCCUCGCAGAAUUGAAAUAAUGGAAGAGGAAAGUGAACAGUAAUCUUCAUUUUAGCUAUUUAUGCUUAGGUGUGAAAUAAAUGUUGUUUGUUGAUCAUUUCUAUAACCCAGAGCUUUAAAGGAAGAUUUUUAGGUGGUUUUACAUGUUUCCCCUCAUGUGGAACAAAAGAGGGCAGAAGCAGACCACUCUGUGUUAUCGACCUAAAAAAUAACAGAAAAGAGAAAAUUGCCUUUGGACUGUGCUGCCCUAUAUAAAAGUGACAGGAAGACGUUUUUAAAAAGCUUAUUUCUUGGAUUAAUUUUUAAAAAUUAUGAGCUGAAAUGCCUUUCAACCAUUACCUUCUGUGGUAAUUUUUCUUCCUGUCUUUUUCAGCCCAAGAUUCAGCAAUCAGCUGUUUAUUGCACACCUAUUACUCUAUUAUUUGUUGUUUUUGCAUGGUUCAAACCACCAGUGAUUCAGUAGCUGCCCAUCCUUUGCAUUAUCUAACAAAAAUUUUGCCAGGACGGUGGAAAGGAAGUUAAGUGUUGAUCUCAUUGUGUAACUCAGUGCUGCUGUCCCCAUCCCAUGGAAACAUGGGUACAAUCAAGUGUUUGUCCAGCCUGACUGUUGCUGGCUUCUCAUGACUUUAAAAUAAAUUGUGAUCAAUAAUAGUA